AUGUCGUCGCCGGAGGUCUCGCCAGACCCGUCGCCGCUCUCCACCCCCGGUGAUCACUCGCCGGUUCGUGACCUGCCGCAGUCGGCCGCACUGCCGCUCCCGCACCCGCUCGCUAUCAUUGACGACUCGUGCACGACUCGUCCGUCCCGUCCGCGUCGUCCAAACUUCCGAACCAAGCCGCGAUGUCCGCCACAGCCGCUGCCCAAGCCUGAUGCUGAACUUGUGCGCCGCGCGCUAUCGCGGCCGCCUAGGCGGCCGUCGGUCCGCCCGUCGACUCGGCCCAAGCCAGCUCCGGCCUCAAACCCCGUGGCGCGCCGGGUGGCAUCGGCUGUCCGCGCCUUUGAGGACCCGAUUGCCUCGGAUGCGUUCAUCCCGCGCGGGUACGCGGCGACGCCGUCGUCCGGAUCGCCGGCGAGCCGGGCCAAGCUCAGCGUACCACAGCCCGCGGUCAAGCCCGGACGGCGCGCACCACGCCGUCGCCCGCUGUCGUCGACGGCGCUGCCAGCAUUGGUUCUUCCGCCGCGUGGAACACGGCUUGUGGUCCCGUUCAAGCUGGACGUGGUUGACUACCUGGCCACGCUCCGACUCGACGUUGUCAUCACUAUCCAGCAUGUCGAGUCGGUCGAUUCCCUGGGGGCUUCCGAUCUCGAGCCGUGGACGUUUGACAGCGAUGCUCCUGGCUCCGAGGCCAGUGCAGCGAGUCCGGCCCAGCUCUACUCUGCGCUUUUUGCCUCGCAGCCGCGCGACGAGUAUUGGCGCUACUUUUUAGCUGUCUAUCGCGUGUUUAUGGAGCCGAUCGAGCUCCUGCAUCGGCUCUUCCUCUCCAUGCAUCCAAGCAAUACUCUAGUCUCGUUGGCGCAUGCGCGCAUGGCACUUGACUUUCUUGUUUUCUGGGUGUCGCACCAGUACGCUGACUUCCUCGCUGCGUCGCGCCUGCUCCUGGCGCCGCUGCGCGCGUUUAAGGAUGCUGUUCUUGCGCCUUCUGAGCUGGAUGUGGCCUUGCUCGAGGCGUCGCUGCAGGCUGCGGCGCACGCGGCGGCCGACGCCGAGCAGCGCGAGGCCGACGUCGUCACCGCUGCCGCCAAGUUGGAGGUCGACAUGCUCGACGCGGAAGGCCACGGCCUCGCCACGCCGAGGGCGCGCUCGCCGGAUCCGCACUCGCAGCGGCCGACCGUGCCGGUGCGGUCGAACACGAGCCCAACCGACACGCUUGCUGCUGCCCUUGAGAUGGCGCGGAUGGGUGAGGAAGCCGACGCUGCCGCGACGCCUCGCAAGUCGCGGUUCGGCACGCUGAAGCGCAAAAAGAAGAAGCGCGAGGCGGCUGAGGCGGCGGCAGCUGCUGCAGCAGCAGGCUCGGACUCCUCGCCGCAGAACGAGGGUGGUGCCCUUGAUGCGAUAGCGCAACCGCGUCAGCGGCUGGAUCCGCGGUCUCUCUUUGACGUGGAGACCGGCGAUGCAGCCGCGUUUGCGCAGCAGACCAGCGAGCUGCUCGGCCUCGCGUGGUCCAAGCCCGGCAAGGAAGAUGCUGCGCCGCAUGUGCUUCAGCUCAUCCGCUCGUUCAACACCCUCUCUGGGUGGGUCGCGUCGGUUGUUGUCCGCGAGAGCAAGGUCAAGGUCCGCGGCGAGCUCAUCGGGCGGUUCAUCGACCUGGCGUACGAGUUUACCGUCGCCAACAACAUGAAUGGUAUGAUGGCGGUCAUGGCCGGGCUCUCAUCGUCGCAAGUCCAUCGGUUGCGCAAGUCGUGGCAGCGGGUCGAUGACUCACGCUGGGCAGUGUACGAGUCGCUCAAGGCGCUCAUCGCGCCGGCCAAGAAUUUCCGCAUCAUGCGGAGCAAGCUUGCCACCGCCGCCAUCCCCUGCCUUCCCUAUCUCGGCAUGUUCCUCACCGACCUAACCUUUGCCUAUGAUGCCGUCCGCCAGUCGGUCGACGGCAAGUACUACUUUGCCGACUUUGUGCCCAUCGCCAAGAUCCUCCUCGCCAUCCAGCGCCAUCAAGACGGCUGGUUCUCCUGGCAACCGCUCCCUAAGCUCCGCCUUUUUAUCGACAAGUACAUGGAGGUCCUUCCGGAUGAGGAUGCGUAUGCUCUCUCACUCGCCCACGAGCCACGCAAGUGA